AUGUCGCAGCUCACUACUUUGAAUUCAGCUACUUUCUUUGGCGAAACUGCCGAGACUGCUGCGAGAGCAUCAUUAAGAAAAUAUAAACGACAUCCACAUCAUUCAUUAUUGAUAUUGCAAGUGUUUCCGACACAGAAUGAUGCAUUUGCAUUCAAGGCUCUUCAUCCACAUUUACCACUUUGUGUUUUUCCAUUCGAGGAUGAUCCAAAGAAUCCAGGACGGCGAAAAUACUUGGUAUCUUCCAUUUCAGACUUUUGGAAUAGAUACAGAAACAUGACUAGAGCGGAGCGACACUAUUACGAGCUGAUUGAAACGGGAGCUCCUUGUCAUUUGUAUUUUGAUAUCGAGUACACUGUAUCGCUUAAUCCCAGUUUAGAUGGCAAUGCAGCAUUCAAGGCAUUCCAAAAUUUUGUUAUUGAGCGCUUUAAGAAAAUAUGUGAUGUGGAAUAUUCUCAGAUCCGCAUCAUUGACUUGACUUCUUCAACAGAUACAAAGUUUUCAAGACAUUUAAUAUUAAAAGCUCCUGGGAUAGCAUUUCGAAACAACUAUGAUGUCGGUCAAUUUGUAUCCUACUUGGUUUCAGAUUUGACAGUGCUGUAUAAUCAGUUUGUCGAGUUGAGGCAGCAUAAUGCACAUUCUUGUCAGUCUAGAUUGGAUUUAAAUGCUCCUUCAGAAAUAGACGCGAAUCUCAUGUCGGCAUUUGUUUUUGAAAAAGAUGGAGUCGUACGCUUGUUUGUGGAUAUGGGAGUAUAUACACGCAGUCGAAACUUUCGGUUAUGGAAGUCAUCUAAGCUACUUAAAGAUACAGAACUGGUUGCUUCACCUGGUUGCGACAUCAAGGAAGAUGAGCAAGGAUUUCGAGAUACGCUGGUUAGCUAUGUAGAAACUGGAUCCAAGCUACUAAUCUAUACUGCUAACAAAUGCAAUCGUUUAAUUGCAAACGGCGCAAAUGAAUCCAGCACAGUACUAUCUUUGGCAUCUAGUGAUAUAUUGUGGAAAAGUACGAACACUGGACAAAUGGACUAUUCAGAACAAUCGUUUCCUGCAUUGGAAAGGUUUCUCAUUUCAGCCAUUAAAUCCAUAAACCCCUCAUCAAAAGUUCCCUUUAUUCAAAAAACAAUGUAUAUGUCGGAACUUAACCAGGUUUGGUUUAAAAUUAGUAAUAACCGGUACUGUCAUAAUAUUGGACGCGAGCAUCAAUCCAAUGGAGUGUAUUAUGUAUUUGAUCUUGCAACGUUUGUAUAUUUUCAAAGAUGCCAUGAUCCAGAUUGUCGCCAUUAUCGGUCCAAAGAGCUGCCAUAUCCCAUAGAGCUUCAUCCAUUUAUAGAUACGAAUGUGUUUAUGGAUGACGACACAGACUCUAUUGCAGACGACGUGCUGAUUCAAGCGGUCGAGUCUGAUUCUACGCAGUUUUGGGGAUAA